UUUCAAACCUCCACGUUCCGUUACAGGUCUCCGUUUCGUUCAGUUCUCGUGUAACAGUUUUCGAGACUCUAUUGUAUUACCAGUGAUCUCCUUCACUAUGUCACAAUCAAGUGCAAAAAUCUACGUUGGAAAUUUGAGUUGGAACACCACUGAUGACACAUUGCGCAAUGCUUUCAGCAGUUAUGGACCAGUGCUUGACUCUAUUGUCAUGCGUGACCGUGACACUGGUCGUUCCCGAGGUUUUGGCUUUGUCACCUACGGGACCACUGAGGAAGCAAACCAUGCUAUUGCCAACAUGAAUGAGCAGGAGCUUGAUGGCAGGAGGAUAAAAGUAAACCUUGCUAAUCCCCGUAGCUCCGCAACAGGUGGUGGUGGCGCAGGCGGCAGCGCAGGAUUUGGAGGUGGUUAUGGUGGCGCCGGCGGCGGCUACUCUGGUGGUGGCGGAUAUGGUCAACAACCUGCCUAUGGAGGUCAGGGCGGCUAUGCUGGAGGCCAAGGUGGGUACGGUCAAGGUGGCUAUGGAGGAGGCUACCCAGCCGCGGGGUAUGCAGGCGGUUUUGCUCCCACUGGUUACAGUACCCAGCAAGGUUAUGGUCAGCAAGGUGGAAAUGGCAAUCCAGGUUACGGUCGCGGUUAUUGAUCAAGUGUUGAUCAUCUCUGCUUUCCCUUUGGACAUAUCAUGCUGUUUUCUUAUUCACAUCCACAGCCUACUUGCACAUGUCCAGUGUUCUUUCUCCUCUCAUCUUUAGUCUGAACUCUAUUACGAUUCAGCUUGUACUUGUAUGUUAAGAUAUAUCCAUCCCAUGCCCUCACCAUCCAUCAUAGCGCUUUUCCAGAUUCAGAAGGAACGACCUGUCUUUUUAUAAGUAUAGGAGACUAAUGUCCUGUAUUUGGGAGGGGUAUUUUAGGUAGUGUGUGCUCGGCAGUUGAUGUCAUAAAGUCAUCCAACUAUAACAGGUUAGAACGAACCAUGAUGACCGAAUGCGAACUGUCCGUUAACCGAAA